AUGUCGUCCUUUACACGAGCCAUCCGUCCGGCCCUCCAGGGCGGCCGCCGCGUCCUCCUCGCCCAGCGUCUUUCCACGCCUCGCAUCGCCCAUCCCAUUGCCGCCACGGCCCUCCGCUCCCUCUCCACGACGGCGCCCCGCCGCAGCGUCGACCUGUCGGAGCUGCAGCCCACGCCCAUCACGCACCUCUCCGAGGUCGAGACGGCCAUGGCCGACGCCGUGUCCAAGUUUGCGACCGAGGUGGUGCUGCCCAAGGCGCGCGAGAUGGACGAGGCCGAGGCCAUGGACCCGGCCGUGGUCGAGCAGCUCUUUGAGCAGGGCCUCAUGGGCAUCGAGAUCCCCGAGGAGUACGGCGGCGCGGGCAUGAACUUCACCGCCGCCAUCAUCGCCAUCGAGGAGCUCGCGCGCGCCGACCCCUCCGUCUCCGUCCUCGUCGACGUGCACAACACGCUCUGCAACACGGCCCUGAUGAAGUGGGGGUCCGACGCGCUCAAGAAGAAGUACCUGCCCCGGCUCGCCACCAACACCGUCGCCUCCUUUUGCCUGUCGGAGCCCGUGUCCGGCUCCGACGCCUUUGCCCUGGCCACGCGCGCCACCGAGACCCCCGACGGCUACACCAUCACCGGCUCCAAGAUGUGGAUCACCAACUCCAUGGAGGCCGGCUUCUUCAUCGUCUUUGCCAACCUCGACCCCGCCAAGGGCUACAAGGGCAUCACCGCCUUCGUCGUCGACAAGGACACCCCCGGCUUCAGCAUCGCCAAGAAGGAGAAGAAGCUCGGCAUCCGCGCCAGCUCCACCUGCGUCCUCAACUUUGACGAUGUCGCCGUCCCCAAAGAAAACCUGCUCGGCAAGCCCGGCGAGGGCUACAAGUACGCCAUCGGCAUCCUCAACGAGGGCCGCAUCGGCAUCGCCGCCCAGAUGACGGGCCUCGCCCUCGGCGCCUUUGAAAACGCCGUCCGCUACGUCUGGAACGACCGCAAGCAGUUCGGCACCCUCGUCGGCGAGUUCCAGGGCAUGCAGCACCAGAUUGCCCAGUCCUACACCGAAAUCGCCGCCGCCCGCGCCCUCGUCUACAACGCCGCCCGCAAGAAGGAGGCCGGCGAGGACUUUGUCCGCGACGCCGCCAUGGCCAAGCUCUACGCCUCCCAGGUCGCCGGACGCGUCGCCGGCCUCGCUGUCGAGUGGAUGGGCGGCAUGGGCUUCGUCCGCGAGGGCCUCGCCGAAAAGUACUGGCGCGACUCCAAGAUUGGCGCCAUUUACGAGGGCACCAGCAAUAUUCAGCUCAACACCAUUGCCAAGCUCCUCCAAAAAGAGUACACUGCGUAG